AUGUUAAUAUAUGUUGAUGCACAUUUGUUUUUACUUUGCUUUAGGUUCGCAUGCGUUGACAGAGAUUUCAUCAACGUCGCCUCCAUUUUGUUGGUGAACCUACCUUUCCCUCUAAGGUUUGUGUUUCCCCCUUUUGAUAGUAUUUUUUUAUUUUCUUGCUCAAGCCACAGAUUCUAUGCCUGCAUAUUGUUUACUUUAUCCUCGCUGCAGCGACCUUGCAUAUGGUCAUUGGGUGCUGAUCGCCUCCAUGUCUUUGGUACAUUAUGA